CAGCGAGAGGGUCCCUUAUGGAUCUAGUCCUCCAGGAUGACUGGUCCCCAUUUCUAGGUCCCAAAUUACCACCAUGAAGCUGAUUUUUUUGUAUUUGGUUGUGGGCUUAUGUGUCUUCUGCAAAGAUGGGGAAGCCCUAUUUUACAAAAAAAAGUCAGGUGAAAAAAUAGCUGAAAGAACAUCAGGAAAACAGAAAAGACAAUUAGCAGAUAAUACCAAUCCAAGAAGUAGGGCUGGAUUUAGUAGCAGUGUCUCUGGAAAUUUGGGUUUUGGUUUGGGGGCACCUGAUCCAAAGGGAUUGGGCAUUGGUAGAGCUGACUGGAGUGCAAUGAGCAGCAGAGGAUCUGCCGGUGGUGAAUCAGUGGGUUUCGGAUUUAAUGCUCGUAGCUCAGUUGGAACUGGGUCUUUCGGUUGGGAACUUGGAAAAAGGAAGGGCAAUGCUGCAUUUGGUUUUGGAGCUUCGGGUUCAAGUUCAUUUGGUGGCAGUGGUGGUAAUGGCAAAAUAAAAAUUGAAGGAAGUCAAAUGAGUAGUUCUGGAGGACCCGUUCCCCAAAAGCUAGGUGAUACCAGUUUGAGAAAUCAGAAUACACUUGUUGGUGACAGCUCUGGAAAAUCGGAAACCAACUUAGGGGUUUCUGAUGAACAGGGAUUUGGAAUCAAUGAAAUUGGAGGGAAUAGAAUGAAUGGCAGUAGAUCUGCCGGGGCUGGAUUCAAAGGCUUUGGAUCUGACGCUGGUAGCUCAGUGGAAAAGUCCUCAUCAUUUCAUUUGAGACAUGGAGAAAGGAAACGUGAAGUUGAUCUUGGAGAUUCUGGUUCAAAUCGAUUUGAUGACAUUGGUCUUAGUGAAAAUGUAAUAAAAGGAGAAAACGCUUGGUCUUCUGGUUCUGGAAGUGGUGGAGGAAGGAAGGGUGCAGUUGGACUUGGUGGUGCUUCUGGACCAAACGAAUUUGAUGAAACUGGUCUUAGUGGUACAGGUACCACAAGGUCAUCUGACAACAAUGCCUCUGGACCACUCAGUACUCCAGCAGAAGGAUCCAACAUUCCAGAAGCAAUUCCGAAAUACUCAAAAAUAAGCCCAAUUAUUGGUGAAGCUUCUACUUGGGGCAAAGGAGCAUAUAAAGCUUUCAAUGGCCGCAUCUUUUCCUUUGAGUCUUCCUGUGCAUACACUUUCUGCCAUCAUUGCGUUGAAUCUGGAGGAGAUUUCAAUAUUGAAAUCAAACGAAACAGUAACAGUGACUUUGAAAAAAUAGCAGUUAAAAUUGACAAUAAUGAAGUCUCUAUUUUUGGUGAUAACAUUGUAGUCAAUGAAAAAAGUGUACAGAUACCAUAUGACAAUAAACUGAUACACAUUAAAAAAUAUGGAGAACAUUAUGUCCUGAAAAGCCGGAGAGGAAUCCUGUCUUUGAUGUGGGACAAAAAUAAACUCUCACUUGCUCUUCACAAGCAAUAUCCAACUUGUGGUCUUUGUGGCAACUUCAAUAGCACUCCAGGAGACAAUAUCAAUGAACACAUUGCCCGUAGUAAAAUUCCUGGUGAUUGUCCCAAAGCUGUUAGUAAAAACUAUGAAGUUUGUGAAGAUGGUGUACAGCACUGUGACAAAAUUAUUGGAACUUACUUUGAAAAAUGUAGAAAGGUCGCCGCUUUUUCCACUGACUACAGAAUGAUCUGUGUUGAUGACUACUGCCGAAAUAGAGACAAAAAUGCUACAUGUGACACUUAUUCAGAAUUGUCCCGCCUGUGUACCUCAGAUGGUCCUGGCAUCUAUGAGUCCUGGAGAGAUGAUUUGGAUGUGACUUGCGGAAAACCUACAUGCCCAGAAAAACACAUCUACAAAGAAUGUGGUCCCUCAAAUCCUGCAACUUGUUCUGAUGUGGCUCCUUUUCAAGACAGUGAAUGUGUGAAUGGCUGCAUCUGCCCAGAAGGUUAUCUAUUGGAUGAUAUUGGAGGGAAAGGGCAGUGUGUAUUAAAAGCUGAAUGUCCCUGCGAUUUACAUGGAAAGAUCUAUCAGUCAGGGGAAGUCCGAGGAGGUCCUUGUGGUUCUCAGUGCACAUGCCAAGACGCAAAGUGGUCUUGCACUGAAGCAUUAUGUCCUGGAAGAUGUAAGGUGGAAGGAAAUUCAAUCACCACCUUUGACGGUGUUAAAUACCAUCAUCCUGGAAACUGUCACUACCUGGCCAUCUAUGAUAAAGAUUGGUCUGUUAGUGUUGAACUUCGUCCAUGUGCAAGUGGCCAGUCAGGAACGUGCUUAAAUAGUGUUACACUCCACUUAAAUUCAUCUGUUUCAGUUGACAAAUAUGUGUUUGAUAGAAAUGGAACAAUCACAAGCAAUAAGAUUAAACACAAAAGCCGUUAUGACUAUUCAGAUGGAGUGUAUGUCUUCAAACCAUCUUCCUCAUACCUUCAAGUAGAAACAAACUUUGGUGUCAAAAUGCAAAUACAAAUUGCUCCUGCAAUGCAAUUAUAUGUUUCACUGCCACCCAAUGAUUUCACAGAAACUGUAGGACUCUGUGGUUCCUUCAACAACAGAGUGGAGGAUGAUUUAAUGUCAAGUCAGAAUAUAUUGGAGAAGACGCCUCAGACAUUUGCUGAUUCUUGGGAAAUGAUGCCCUGUCCUAAAGGAAAUCCCUCUUCAUGCAUCAGUAUAGAAAAAGAAAUAUUUGCUGAAAAUCAUUGUGGAAUUUUUCUUGAUUCACCUGGGCCUUUUGCUUCCUGCCAUCCAAUUGUGAACGUUAAACCAUAUUAUGAGGAAUGCAAAAGAUACACUUGUACUUGUAAAAACAGUAAAGAUUGCUUGUGCACGAUUUUUGGCAACUAUGUGAAAGCAUGUGCUGAGAAAGAAGUAUACAUGGUGGGAUGGAGAACUGGACUAUGUGAUUCCUCUUGUCCAAGUAACCUCGUUUUCAAGUACAAUAUAAAAGCCUGCAAUAAAACUUGUCGAUCAUUGUCAGAAAGAUAUAGGAGCUGUGAUAUAGAAGGUGUUCCAUUUGAUGGAUGCACUUGCCCUGAUGGAAUGUACCAGAAUAAUGAAGGGAAUUGUGUUCCAAAAUCUCAGUGUGACUGCUACGUAAGUGGCGAGGUCAUGAAACCAGGAAAACUCAUCAAUAUUAAUAACAACAAAUGUAUCUGUCGGGAUGGAAUUUUUCUUUGCCAGACUCCCAUUAAUUUAGCCCAACAGAAUUGUUCUGGAGGAGCCGAGUAUGUUGACUGCAGGAACCCUAGGGCACAAGGAAGAGUUGAUGGUAAAUGUGGCACUUGGAGCAUGCCUGGUUUUGAUGAGAACUUGCCUUGCAAAGCUGGGUGCUACUGUCCAGUAGGCAUGGUGCGAAAUUCUAAAGGGAACUGUGUCUUUCCUGAAGACUGCCCAUGUUCUUUUGGUGGAUCAGAGUAUGACCAAGGAAGUGUUACUUUGGUUGGCUGCAACAAAUGUACUUGCAUAAAAGGAUCUUGGAGCUGUACACAAAAUGAAUGUCAAACCGUCUGCCACAUCUAUGGGGAAGGUCAUGUUAGAAGUUUUGAUGGUAAAAGCUACAGCUUUGAUGGUCUCUGCCAGUAUUCAUUUGUUGAGGAUUAUUGUGGUCGUGAAAAUGGCACAUUCCGUAUUUUAACAGAAAGCAUCCCAUGCUGUGAAGAUGGGCUUACAUGCUCAAGAAAAAUCAUAGUUUCUUUUCAGGAUCAGAAUGUUGUCUUGCAUGAUGGAAAAGUAACAGCAUCCAAAAUUACAGAAAGUAAGGAAUGUGGAUUCAAUGGAAAUACAUAUUCUGUGCAUACUGUUGGCCUGUACCUGAUUCUGAAAUUUUCAAAUGGAAUAACCAUAAUUUGGGAUAAGAAUACAAGAGUUUCUGCUAUAUUGGAUCCUCGAUGGCAUGGCAAAGUGUGUGGUCUUUGUGGAAAUAAUAACGGUGACCUCAAGGAUGAUUUCAUAACAAGACAUUCAACAGAAGCUAUUGGAGCACUGGAAUUUGGAAAUAGCUGGAAAACGAGUCAAAAAUGUUCAGACACACUACAACAAAAUUUCCCAUGUGACUCAAACCCAUACUGUAAAACCUGGGCUGUGCAAAAAUGUGAGAUCAUCCGGGACAGCAUUUUCAAAGAAUGUCACCACAAGGUGGACCCCGAAGCUUACUUAGAAGCAUGUAUUGAAGAAGCCUGUGCAUGUGACACGCAGGGGAAGUACUUGGGAUUCUGCACAGCUGUGGCUAUGUACGCAGAGGCAUGCAGCGCAGUUGGAGUCUGUGUCACAUGGAGAAAACCAGAUCUCUGUCCUGUCUUCUGUGAUUAUUAUAACGAACCUGGGGAAUGCAGUUGGCGCUAUGAACCUUGUGGUACAGUGACUACAAAAACAUGCAGAGACAAAGUUAUUGGCCAGAAAUUUUCUGCAGUUUUAGAAGGUUGUUAUGCUAAAUGCCCGGAUAAUGCUCCUUAUCUGGAUGAGAACCUCAUGAAAUGCGUCACUUUAUCUGAGUGCAGCUGCUUCUAUAAUGAUAUCAUACCAGCAGGUGGAGUGAUUCAGGAUAACUGUGGAAGAACAUGCUAUUGCAUCGCAGGAGAAUUGGAGUGCAGUGGUGAGUACUUGCUUUUUACUUGACUUGAACUAGGGAAGGAGAGGUAAAGGCUAGGAAUCUUUUCAGAUCAUCAACAGCAAAGGAGUAGGUACUUAAGGCUUCCAACUGCUCCUUCUUUAC